AUGGCGCUUCAACCCACAAACCCCAUCCAAGCGCCUCGAGUCCCAAUCCACGAAGAGUACAUACCCCUCUUCGUAUCCAUCAACGACUUUGUCUACGACUACAUGUCAAAAUACGACAACUCCCACGACUAUAAGCACAUCCUGCGCGUCGUCUCAAACGCACACCGCAUCCUCCAAGCCGAGCUCGCUCGCGACCCCUCCGUCAGCUACGACACCACAGCCCUCUUCCUCGCCGCCCUCCUACACGACGUAGGCGACCACAAAUACAUCAAACCGCGCCAAUCAGCCGAGAGGCGCAUCUCAGAGAUCUUAAUCAACCGUGGCUGCAGUUACGAGUUGGCUAUCGUCGUAGACAAUAUCGUUAAUCAUGUAUCCUAUUCACACGAGAUACGCGAGCCUGUUAUUACUGCGGGUGUCUUAGCAGCGUAUCCUGAACUGGCAAUCGUACAGGAUGCAGAUCGUCUUGAUGCUAUCGGUGCUGUGGGUAUAGGGCGUUGCUUUUCGUAUGGGGCGGCUAAGAUGCCAGGGGAGCCUAUGGAUAGGGCGAUUGAGCAUUUUGAGGAGAAGUUGUUCAAAUUAGAGGGGAUGAUGAAGACGGAGACGGGGAAGCAGAUGGCGAGGAAGAGGACUGCAGUGCUGAGGGAGUUUGCGAAACAGUGGGAAGAGGAAACGAAGUUGAGUUUUGAGGUUUUGUAA